CGUCGCCAGACUGCCAUCCACGAGCACACACACCACAUCAACUGCAACCUGCCCAGAAGGAGCGAAGAGGUGGUAGCACACACCUCAGCUGCAAUCACAGAGAUGGAAACAGCAGCAUUGCGGGACUGACUAGCUGUGGUUGCUGCUACGAAGCUUUUUGAAGGAAACUAACUUCGGGAGAGAAACUUAACUUCUUCCCCACAGCGAAUCGCCUGAGUCACGCAGAGCGUCGUUUCCGGCUCCCUGUCUGUCUUAGUAUGUGCAGGGAAACUCUGCUUCGCCGCCGGUGACGCUCACCAAAAGCUCUCUCAUCGUCUGAAUUUAGAGAGAGGAGAGAGUCUUAAUUAAGCUGUACAAUUUGUUUAGAUAGCAGUUAACGAAACAGCCGUGACAUUUUAAUACGCAGCAAACCAGAUGCGAACUCUCACAUUCACCUGGAGAUUUGCUGCAUUCGCGAUGAUCGUGACUACGAGACACUGAGCAGCUGUAUCCCUCCUCUCUCUCUUUCUACCUCCCGCUCUCUCUUUUGUCUUUUUCUCUCUCGCUCUCUCUUUGCGGGUUCACUUCAAGGCUGCCAGCCAUUUAUCCAUUUCAGCAGUGCAAUGGAGCAGCUCAGAUUCAGCACCUUGGACACUGCUGGAGUUCUACUGUGUUUGUUCGCGAUCAUGGUCAGGUUUACGGUCACCGCCGAGCAGGAGGGAGAGAACCUCUCCGGUCUGUCCACCAACCCGGAUAAAGAUAUAUUCGUGGUCCGAGAGAAUGGGACCACCUGCCUCAUGGUCGAGUUCGCUGUCCGCUUCACGGUCCCCUUCGAUGUCCUCGCGCUCAACGGAAUAGAUCUUAUCACGGAGAAUGCGUAUCUGUCUCUGCCUCGCGGGGCAGACAUAGAGGGGAAAUGCGGGAGCCAGGACGCCCAUAUACACAUCUCGUGGAAUGAUAACGCCUACACACUCCGCAUCUACUUCGUCAAGGAAAUCAGUGGCAAGGGACAUGUGUGGAAAAUUAGCAAAGUGCAGUUCGUUUAUGACACCUCGGAGAAAACGCAUUUCCUCAACCCAUACAACCCUGGGAAGCACACAGCCAGCACCCACCAUUUGUCAGCUUUAGAGACCCCUGCUGGCCGCUCAUAUGUCUGUGAGGCUAAGCAGACACUCACCCUCAUCUCCAGUGACCACCAGAAGGGAGUGACUGUUGCCAUAAGUGACGUCCAGAUCCAGCCCUUCGACAUCAACUCAGAUUUCAUGUUCAGUGAAGCCUAUAAGUGCAUCACGGACCAGAGGGAACAGCUGGAGGAGACUCUUCCUCUGAUCCUGGGCUUCAUCCUGGGCCUCAUCAUUGUCAUCACACUGUCCGUCUACCACUUCCACCUUAAACUGACCGCUGCCACUCAGUCUCAGCUGCCUUGCGACCGAUCCAUGUACAACAACAUGUAAGGAACUGGACAUUUAAACAGCCACUGUACCACAAAUCUCCCUGGUCAAGAGGAAUAUGUAAGAAAUCAGAUAUUAUCAUCACAAUAGUACAACUCCAUGUUCAAGGUAAUAGGACAUUGAAACAAGCACAAUGUGAUGUUCAAGGUAAUAGGACAUUGAAACAAGCACAACUUCAUGUUCAAGGUAAUAGGACAUUGAAACAAGCACAACUCCAUGUUCAAGGUAAUAGGACAUUGAAACAAGCACAACGUGAUGUUCAAGGUAAUAGGACAUUGAAACAAGCACAACGUGAUGUUCAAGGUAAUAGGACAUUGAAACAAGCACAAUGUGAUGUUCAAGACAUUACAACCACUAUACUAUAAAAUCAAGACAACAUGACCACUCUCCAUUCAAGGAUUGGACAUUAGAACAACAAUCAUUGACUACAAUUAUAACCGCAACGCUCCUGCCUCUCCAAAGUCAAACCAACGUGACUUCCCCUGCUCUGAACUUCACCAUAUAUUGGAGAGUAUGCCAGAACUUGAUGGAGGCCUAACUUGCAAUAUGGCUAACUUGAGAUAUGCUUUUGAGUAAAACCAUGCAUUGAAGUCAAUUGGAGACUUGCGCAACAUUUGAUUUGCGCACAGAGAUUUUUCAGUUAGCAUUCCACCCAUAGAUGGUGUUCUGUUGUUUGUGUCCAUAAAUCGUGGUUAUGUGGAGAAGCCUGCAGUUUGUCCAUCCCCUGUCUCUCUCUGUCUUUCCUGUGAACAUGCUGCAAAACAAGUUGUGAAAGUGGAGAGUGUUGUGCUGUGUGGAGGUGUUUCAACAACCUUCAGAAAUCAUGAAAAAUAAAUAAUUGCAGGCAGUGUAUUUACAUUGGUUUGAUGGAUCCUUUUCCAGAUCUCAUUUUAUGGAAUUAUAUCAAGAAAAAAUAUGAAAUAUGUAAAUAAAACAAAUAAAACAUGUUCUGUAAAAAACUUGCAAAGAAAUUAUGUAAUAAUUUAUCUUCAAUCAGAAUGUCAGAAGAACAAAGUGUAUCAUUGUGAAAGAAAUGUGCGAUAUUUAAGCUUCAAAAAUAAUAAAUGUACAAUAUUUUCAGAAAGAACUAUGCUAAUGCAAACUUUAAUGUUCACUGAAAUAAAUUUCCUAGGAGAUGUCCUAAACCUG